AUGUCAUUACUCCUGCUGGAUGAGACAGCCGGAGACCUGCCUGUCAGAGACAGCAGCCCGAAGCCCUCAGUGAUCACAGCUAUUCAAGAUGUCUCAGCCAUUGCUCGUCCCACGAAGGCCCGUGGGCUGAAGACCCGGAUGAGAGAGCCAGUGGCACGGACAUGGCAGCAUGUGAGCCAGAUGAACCGGGCAGAGCUGGAGGAUGGGUUUCUGCGUCUACAUGACGAGAACCUGGUGCUCAAGGAGUUUGCCUGCAAGCAGGAGGACAGGAUCAAGAGGCUGGGCACUAAGCUGCUGAGACGUACCCAUGAGCGGGCACAGGUUGAGGGUCAGCUGGGUGCCAGGGCCAGGUGGUCAGGCCAGGACCUGGAGGAGUCCUUGGAGGAACUGCAGGAACGGGUUUGGGACCUGGAGCGGCGCAAUGAGGGGCUGCGGAGUCGUCUGCUAUCCUACAAGCAGCAGCUGCAGCUCCACGGGUGCAGGCGCCACUGGCCCUACGGCUACGUCCAACCCCGCGUGGACACCGGACUCCGGCAGGUUCACACCUCAGGCGGGAGGGUGACUGAGAGACAUCACAGAGGGAUGCGGGUGCGCAUUCCAGAGGCCAGACCUACCCACACAGCUCCCCCAAGAUACAGAGACCACAUCACAGAGGGAGUACGAGCCGAUAUGGAGAGACUAUGUGUCCCUCCCCCACCCAGCACCAUGGAAGGGGUAGCAGCCCCUGAAUCCCAACUAUCCCACAGCCUGGUGUUGGCAGAGCUGGAGCCUGAGUCACAAUGCCUGGCAUGGGGGAGAGAGAUGGACCUCGAUGGGGCCCCGUCCCAGCAGUACCACCAGCAGGCCCUGGAGCAUCGAGCCGCCAUCCGGGGGAAUGUGGAGCUGAUCCGGCUGCAGCGGCUCCUGAGAGAGCGGAGCUGCGAGCUGGCCGUGACCAGAGGCCGAUUCAGUGACCUGCAGGAGGCGUAUGAGAGCCAGCUCCAGCAGAACCAGGAGACGUUGCGAACCAGCAGUGAGGCCCUCCUGGCCCAGGUGGAGGAGCUCACUGUGCAGCUGAAGGCGGAGACGCAGAAGGUGUUGGCGUUGGAGAGCAAAGUGGAGAGCGUCUCAUUCCUGCAGGGGGCGCUGGAGGAGUUUCAGGAGAGAAUCAGGUCCCUGGAGAAGGAGCGAGACCUGUUGAAGGAGGAUUAUGAUAAAUUGCUGGAGAGCAGUCUGGCCUGUGAGCAGCAGCAUGGGAACAUCUCACGGCUGGAGGAGCAGCUGAGCUUGGAGCUGGCAGAGAAGAGGGGGCUGAUGGAGGAGCUGGCGCAGGAGAGAGCUCGGAGUGAGGAGCUGAAGCUGGAAGUGGAGAGGGGGAACCAAACUCCAGAGCAGAAGCCUGAUCCGACCCUGUCCCAGCCCCCCUGCCUUGAUAGGCUCCCGACCGAGCAGGAGGAGCUGUUCGCCCAGCAGAGCCUGAGCCGGAGACUCCGUGAGACAGAAGCUGCCCAUGCUGACACCAUCUUGGAGCUGGAGAAAACCCGGGACAUGCUGAUCCUACAGCAUCGCCUCAACCAAGACUAUCAGGCCGAGCUGGACGGUGUGAUGGUGCAGGCUGAACAGGAGAAGAGGGGACAUGAGGAAAAGCAGCAGAAAAUGGCGCAGCUCCUGGAUCUGCGCAGCACCCGCAUCCGCCAGCUGGAGGAGCAGCUGAAGGAUGUGGCCUAUGGGACACGGCAGCUCCCACUCCUGCGGACUGAGGGUGAUGUGGACGUGGAGGAGGUCAAGGCCCCCGUGCUGCGGCGUGGUGAGAACCUGUUUGAGCUGCACAUUGCAGGGGCAGUGCUGUCAGGGGAGGCACUGCAGCUGCUGGGGGAAGUCCAGCCCGUCACCUUCUGCACCUAUGCCUUCUAUGACUUCGAGACACACUGCACACCGGUGGUGCGAGGGGCCCAGCCCCGCUACAGCUUCACGUCUCAGUAUGUGAUACAGGCUGAGCCCCUCUUCCUGCAGUACCUGCAGAGGGCUGCCGCCCGCCUAGACCUGCACCUGGCCACGGCUACUGACCACAGCACUCUGGCUUCCUGUUGGCUGCGCUUCCGGGAGGUUCUGGGGAGCGGGGAGCGCAUGCACGCCACAGCGAUGCUACAUGGUCCGAGCGGCGAGAACUACGGGAUGCUGGAGUAUUGGAUGAGGCUGUGCCUGCCCAUGGAGCAGACCAUACGGCUGCACUGCGAGCGCACCAAGGCCUUGGGCUACUUGUUAGCCUGCAUGCCCCAGGCCAGAGCUGCCCAGCAGAGCAGGCAGCAGGACAAGGAGGGGGUCCUGGAUGCUGAGUGGCUGUGGAAUGAGCUGCAAGUGCAGAUUGUAGGCUGCACGGGCCUGCGGGGUCGCUGGCUCAGCACCCAGCCCAGCCCCUAUGCCAUGUACCGCUUCUUCACCUUCCCUGACCACGACACGCCCAUCAUCCCCUCCAGCAACAACCCACACUUUGGAGACCUGCGGACUUUCCCCAUGCACCCCACAGCUGAACUCGACCGCUAUCUGCGUCUAGAGAGCCUCUGGGUGUACAUCUUUGAUGAUGAGGAUACAGAGCCAGGCAGUUACUUGGGCAAAGCACAGAUCCCCCUGCUACCUCUGGCACGCGGGCACUGUAUCACAGGAGAUUUUGUCCUCACCGACCCGGCUGGGCACCCCAAUGGCUCCAUCAGCCUCAGCCUGGAGUGGAAGCGUCAGUACCUGCCCCCGGGGGCCGCCCUGCACCAAGCGGCCUGGGCCAGGAAACACCAGCAUGAGAGACCCUUGGAGCAGCUGAUUGAGGAAGAAAGGGCUGCACUACACAACCAGGCCCGGCUUGCUCCCAGCAUCUCACCAUCGCAGCCUGAGGGCCAGAGGAAGAAGCUCCAUAUCUUGGCGGUCAAGGCUGAUGGAUGCAGGGGAAAGUGGAAUGGGGGAGCCAGUAGUCAGACUCAGCCUAAUCCAGUGCCAGCAUCCAGUGGCUACACCCUGGAGGAGGGAGAAGAGGUGGCUCCGGUGGGAGAUUCUGCCGAGGGGACACUGGAGGGGAAGGAGGCCCAGGCUGGCGAGGAGGAAGCAGAACACUCAGCUAAGGACGCUGAAACCUCUGCCAGGACCCAGCGCUUGGAGCCCAAAUCUCUUGCACUGGACAUAGGCUCCGCUCCUGAGGACAUGGCCCCCGAGGAGGCCGGUGAGCCAGCGCUGGAGAGCAGCAGCGAUGCACAGACCACAGACAGUGACGAGAUUGUGGUGGGGACCAGCCUGGGGAGCCCUCCAAAGGUGGACAUGGAGCGGAUCCACAUUGAGAUCGUCUCUCUGAGUCUGCACCCUGAGGCUGAGGCCAUGGCCAGUGAGCACAUCCAGCAGCUGUACGUGGAGUACCACUUCCCAGGGGUGCCCCUGGCUGAGACGGAGACCCCCCUGUCCCUGCGCAAGCCCCAGGGCAGCGAGGAGAUCUACUUCCACUUCAGCAAGGCUGUACAGUGGAUAACUCCAGGCCCAGAAGCGCUGUUGAUGGGAAAGGGAGGCCAUGACUGGUUUAAUAGCGCUCCUUUCCCCAGCCCCUCCCAGGGACUCAGCUCCCCCACUGACAGUGCAAGCUGGCAAAGGCCCCACCGCCCCAGCUCAUGCUGCACCACUCCAUGGGGUGCUGAGCAGCACGGCCCAGGCCCGCCCCAGUGGGCUCCCUCCCAACGGGGAGAAUGUGGCGCUGGGCGCUGGACCACUAACAGCUUGGGAACCGUAGCAACACUGGGGAGCUUGGAGAUGGGUCGACUGUCACCCUCUGACCCCAGGCUGCAGUUCGUGGUGGUGAGCGAGCCCCUGCCUGGGACAGGAGGCGAGUGCGAGGACGUGGGCUUUGCCUACAUAGACCUGCGUGAGAUCCUGCUGACAGGCAACGACGUGCUGGAGCAUGACCUCGAUGUUGUCAGCCCUCAGGACCGCUCUGCCAUCGGGAGGCUGAAGGUCUCUGUGGAAGCAGCUGCUGCCCUCUGCACCAUCUAUUGGGAGGGGAGACGAAAGGCUGAAGAGGAAUGAAGCACCCAUCAGCUCCCACAAGGCAUGCAAGGACUUGGCACAAGCCUGACAUUAACCAGAAGUAAAAAAUCAUCUUCAAGAUAUGGAUCAGUCACCAUUUUCUCACAGAAUAAAAAAUGUAAAAUUAAGAAUCUGAAUGACAUGUAAAUUGCUAUCAUUGCUUAAAAAACUGUGUAUAGAUAUAGCUAGUAUGUCCUCCUGGGUAGCAAAAAGAACUAAAUGUAGUGUAAAGGCUGUAUUCAGUUGCAGAUCAACUUGUUUUAAUGGUUACUAGCCAAUGAGAAUCAACCUUUCUUUAGGGGAAAAAAA